AAAAAGCUCUUUCAUCCCGCCGCACAUUGCCAGCUACCAUUUCUUUGUUUGCUCCUCCACGGCCAGGACCAUUUGCUAUGUUCAUGUUGAAUCUCGUUUUUGUCGCCCCGACUUCUCACUUCUAAGGGGGUUGCCGUUCGCUCAAUUGCCGUUCCAUCCCCUACUCUACUUCUUUGUCCUCCCCCCCCCCGCUCCCCUUCCCCCGUUGUCCUCCGAGACAUGAUCUCAAGCCAUCCCAAUGGCUACAGGAACGCUCGACCCCUCGACCCCUAAGGAGGUACAGGGCUCGUCGGCUUCGAAUAACAGGACUAGUCGGAGCUCCAGCAAUAUCCAUGAGCGGGAAAAACAGAUGGUGGCUUCUGUUCGAUCGCCGACUCACCGGCACCUGAACCCUUUCGUCAUCACCGAGCGGCCCGAGGAGAAACAGCUGGGGAUUUCUGCUCGCCAGCUGAGUGUCAAGGAUUUUGUCCUGUUGAAGACCCUCGGGACCGGUACUUUCGCCCGAGUAUGGCUGGUGAGGCCGCAGGAUGAGAAAGCAAAACGGGACAAAGUAUACGCGCUGAAGAUAUUGCGCAAGGCGGACGUGAUCAAACUAAAGCAGGUCGAGCAUGUUCGCAACGAACGAAGAACGCUCGCGGAUGUGUCCGGGCACCCUUUCAUCACGACCUUAAUAGCCUCGUUUUCAGAUAGCCAAAGUCUUUAUAUGCUGCUAGACUACUGCCCCGGAGGCGAAAUCUUCAGCUAUCUGCGCCGUGCGCGACGGUUCAACGAGAAUACCUCGAGAUUUUAUGCGGCUGAGAUAAGCAUGACGAUCGAGUUUCUUCAUGAUGUUGAGGGCGUUGUCUAUCGUGAUUUGAAGCCGGAGAAUAUCCUGCUAGACGCUGAUGGGCAUAUCAAACUCGUUGAUUUUGGGUUCGCAAAGCAGGUUGGAGACCGGGAAACAUAUACCCUCUGCGGUACUCCAGAGUACCUCGCCCCGGAGGUUAUCCACAACAGCGGCCAUGGUCUGGCGGUGGACUGGUGGGCCCUGGGAAUUCUGAUAUACGAGUUCUUAGUCGGACAGCCACCUUUCUGGGAUCAGAACCCAAUGCGCAUCUAUGAACAAAUCGUUGAAGGGCGCAUACGAUUCCCUCAGAACAUGUCCCCGGCUGCCCAGAACAUCAUUUCCUUACUAUGUAAAACUAACCCAAGCGAACGCCUCGGCCACAUAUCUGGAGGCUCGGCCAGGGUUAAGUCGCACCCAUUCUUUUCAGACAUCAACUGGGACGAUCUCUUUUAUCGUCGUGUCAAGGGCCCCAUCAUCCCGCGAGUCGACCACCCAGCAGAUACUGGGAACUUUGAGGAGUAUCCGGAUCCUGAUCUGAAGGGCCAAAAUAUUUACACCGAUGACAUGAGAUCCAAAUACGAAGCCUUGUUCAGUGAUUUCUAG